AUGGACAUGCGCUGCGAUCUCUGUGGGGCGGAUUGCACAGAGGUGCUUUACGAAUUCCGCUGCUACCAGCGCAUGCGUGCCAAAGACCCUCGCCCGCCUGGGGGUAGGAGGCUUCAUCCCUUCGUCAGCUACAUCUCGAAGGAAUGCGGCAGGGGACUGCUAGGCCUUCAGACAGAGGCCUCGAAGCUGCGAGAGCGCAUCUACCGCUUGGUCAGCGAAUCCGAGGGCCAGGCUACUUUGGAAACACUGGAGGAUCUUUGGCGCUACGCGUCGAAAAGUCAGCGGCUGGUCCUGACGGAUGAGCUGCGGUACCUCGCCAGACCCGAGGCGGGGUUGCCGCGCCGCGCGGCGGAGCUGAAGAAGGCGGAGACAAUCCACGGCGAACUCCACAAGGAACGUGAGGACGUGUUUCGGGCGUUGGCACGGGCCGUGGCCCCUGGCCUCAACGCACGAGACCUGGCUGCGGUGACGGUCCAUCACGCGGAGGAGCAGGAUGAAAAUUUGGACAAAGCAGAAGGAGGAGGCAAAAGUCUGGAAGCGUUGCAGAAGACUGGCGGAUACCUGGGCCAGGUUGCUACGGCUCUUCGUGAACGACGCCCGCUGCCGGCUGUGCCAGUACAAUGGGAUCGCGCAGAUGCCGUGAACUGCUUGCGGGCGCUCGUUGAAGCAUGGGCACCUCUCCGAGUCGAGCUGCAUGACGCUCUGCACGGGGUCGAGGUGUUCCAACAUCAGAAAGCAUCCCGCAGCAAAAAGAAGCAAAAGAAGAAGCACAAGAAGGAGGCUGCCGAUCUAGAGAUCGAGCUGAAGCUGGUCUUUCUGCCCGGCUGUGCUGAGCUUCACGGCGUGACGGCCCAAAAGUGCAGCAAGGAGCAAGUGCAGGUGCUGAAGUCGCGGCGCGAGGAGCUGCUGCAGCAACUUCGGGAGGACUAUGCUCUGCUCGAAACUUUUCAUGGCGGACAAGGCCGUUAUUCGCGCGCAGAGGACAGGGCCAUACAGAUCCCAGACGAAGGUCAGAUCAAGUUUGAGCAUGUUGCGGAAGCCCUGGGCCGAAUUACGUGGCCGAACUGCUUCACACGCAACAAUGUCAAGCCCGAUGGAGCUCCUUUCAUUGAGGCCUUUCCACUGGGCGUCGUCCUCAACUACUGCCUCGGCUUGGUUUGCUCGCGUGCAACCCGCCUCUGGCCAAACUUGACCAAGCUGCUUGCCAAGUUCAUCCAGCAAGAGCAGCCGGACUUUCGAUACACGACCGUGCAGCUGAACAAGAACUACGCAACGAAGAUGCAUGUUGAUGGCAACAAUCACGGUCCCAGCUACAUCAUAGGGUUAGGUGACUACACGGGUGGCGAAGUGUGGAUUUAUGACGAGAAUGGAACCGUUGAGAUGGAGAUACCGUGCACUCUACGUGGAUGGAGCCACCUGAGGCCGGGGCAGAAAGUUCCUGGACGGCUGGAAGACUGUCGCAACAAGUGGUUGAAGUUUGAUGGCAACACGCCGCACAUGACUAUGCCAUACACAGGCUUCCGGAUCAGCAUUGUAUUCUUCACGCGGAAAGGUUGGCUGACCAUGCUUACCGAGACAAAGGAAACACUCGAGACCUCAGGCUUCAUGCUGCCGGGCGAGGAGUACCUAAGCCUCUGCACGACGAAAGAGGACCUUCAGGAGAAGGCCAAGAAGGUUGCAAAGGCUCCGCGCAAGGUCGAGGUGGUCGAGGAUCGGCCUGCUAUUGACAGCGACGAUGAGGUGGAUGAGGAGGAGGAGGCGGAUGAAGUCCUCCGAGCGGAGCAAGAUGCCGCUGCAUGGCCCUCCGGGAAUUGGGCACAAAGCCUACGGCAGUGCCUCUACAAAGACGACAGCUGGCAGUUGGCGGAUGAAGCACGCCGACUGAAUGUGACCAUCUGCGGAAGUGCCACGGCUGCCGGCAUUGCGCUGCAGGAGUUCCUGGGCAAUGCCUCGUUCGCAAUCGCAUCGGCCCAUAUGACAGGUGCUGGACUCCGCUUGUUCAAGCGAACUUGCAAGCCCAAGCACGUGUUCUUGGACUUGGAUGCUGCGCUGGCAGGGUCCGGCCACUGUGAAGUGCACCACAAGGCCUGCCAUGUGGAGCAGGCAACACAGGAUCUCCUCUUCGCAAGCAUUCCGUGUGAGCCGUUUCUGAACCUGGAUCCAUCAAAGCCCAGCUGCUUUGAUGAUCCAAGAGCAGCAACGUUCCUGUCUGUGCGCUCACAUUUGGUUCGCCAACAACCACGUGCAAGCUUGCUUCAUUUAGAAGGCUGGCAUUUGUUGCCGGAGGCUUCCCGGUCACCAGUGACCAGCUUCCUCAUGGAGGGCCAGGACCCACGAAGCUCCAGAGGCCCCAACGAGGUGUUGGACUGGGGCCUCCGCCGCCUGGAGAACUACGGUGCCAGCUUGGUGGAGAUGUCGCUGACGAAGUUCGGGGUUCCUCUGGCUGGCCACGAUGCUUUCAUCCUGUUGAUCCAUGCCGACUGCGGCGGCCAAGAAGCGGCAGACGCAGCAGCAAAGCUUGUCCAAGCCAUCGGGGAUCUCAAGCAGUCGGAGCGCAAGAUGCUGCCAAGUUGUACGGUGGGUGCCCUCAUGCUGCCGGAGGAGGACCCACGAGUGGUCAAUGGCCUAAAGGAGGCAAAGCAAAAGGAAAAAGCGGAUCGGGCUGCUGGCGGUCGCAGGAAGGCGCCGAAGAGCAACACGCGACAGCUAACAAUCGAGGCGCGGGAGCUGGGGCUUCAGCCCGGUGAUGCUCGGUACACUGAGUUUCUCAGAGGCUCGAAGCCACCGCGGGAUAGGUGGCUGAAGCAGGCUCUGCCGGACAAGGUGGUCAUUCUCAACCUCAUCUAUGAGCGCUGCAGGCAGAGUGGACUGGACCUCGCCAACCUCUGCGCAGAUCUGACCCAAGGCUUCGAUCCUUCGGGACGCAGAGAUGAUGGACUUCUGCCCAGGCCGACUCAUGUCAGCAAGGCAAGAACCGACCGGCCUGAGUACUAUUCCUUUAGCCACCACCGACCGGUGGUCGGCCAAGAGAUCUUGCUCUGCCAUGGCUAUCCGGUGUGGAGAAUGGACUUCCGCGGGCUUUCAGAGACGGAGGUGCUGCAGGUCUCAGCGCGCUCACCGGCCGUCCCUGCCAUUGGAGCCGUCCUAGCCGCCGCCUUUGCCGUCAUGGACCUGGGGCCUGGUCGAAACAUGAAGAUUCCCAAGACGCGUCUUCUAGAACUCGUGAAGGAUCUUGCAGAUCCUCCUGCGCAGGCUGCAGCUCUACCAGCCUCCGCUGCAGCGGAGGCCUCACAGUCUGGCAACUCCUCAGCCGCCCCAGAUGAGGAUGCGCGCUUGGAGGGCAAGGCAGCUGCAUUGUUGAAUCUGGUGAGCCAUGGUACUUUUGGAGAAGCCGAAGCAGCGAAAAACAAGGAGAAAGCCAAGCCGGGCGAAGCUGCGCAAAAGAUCAUCUCUGCCUUGAGUGCCGUGGCCCAGAAAGAAGAUGGAGAUGAAGAGGAGGGUCACGGUACCAAAAGGAAGCUGGAAGAGACAGCUCCGGCCCAGGCGGCCGAGUUCGUGGAGUUCGUGGAGCCGUUGGACUGGCAAGUGCGGCUCCGCAAGCUGAACUUCGGGUUGGACCGGAUCAGUUUGGAGAUGAUUCUCAAGUGGGUGACUGAAGCUGCGGAGGAUCGUGAAGCCCAGUUCUCUUCCGACAUUAUCAGGGUUGGCCUCAAUGAGUUUAUUCAGCGAGUUCCGAAGGAGCCCAUUCCAGACGCCCUCAUUCGUGAGCGGCAGGCUUUCACCAACAAGCUCAAGGAAGCUGGCUUUGUGGAUCUGGCGAAGGGUCUGGAUCUGGCUGUACGAUCCAUGCAGUUUUCGGAGCGGCUGGCGAGUGGUUCUCACCAAAGCUGCUUACACAAGCAAACCCAACAGUCGAUGCCUGACUACAUGAACGUGGUGGUAAGGGGAUGCGACCGCAAUGGCUGGCCCAUGCGUCGUGUUUUCCUUACUCACUUGAGCCGUGUGGCGGCUAAAUCUGCAGAAGGAGAGGCUGAUGGGUCCGCACCCUUCGAAGGCUUGAUUGAGUUCGGCAAAGCCGGUGGCUGGAAGUACGUGGUAUCUUGGUUGGGGGAGGAUCCACAGCCCUCCACCUGGCCUGCGUACACAGUGCUGGAUGAUCUCGGCUGCAGCAUAGCAUCCAGAGACAUUCCCCUGAAGCUCUUCGCGCUGCUUCAUAGGGCACUUACGCAUCCGGCAUAUGUUCAGACAGUGAAUCCAUCUUUUCCAUCCUUUCCGACCGCGCCAGCUCAGAGCCUGUCUCGUUUGGAGAGGCACCUAACCCGAGCCGCAGCCCCUGCCCUCGACCAGAACGCGGAGGAGUCUGGGCUUGCUGAGAAAUCCCAGCGCAAGAUCGAUGAGGUUGCAAGCUGCGGUGGUCAGGUUGGGGAUCUCUUCCAGUUUCUGUCCAAGCUUCUGGCUUUCGCUUGGAAAGUGAGGAAGAGCGGCACUGAAAGCAUGGGUUCGAGUGGGUUGCUGGAGCUUGAAUCCCAGAGUAAGGACCUGUCAUCUUCUUACAAGAGCUUUACAGACAUCCCGGGCAUCGGCUGGAGCUCGGUGUUUGGGCUGGUUGCAGGCUUGAUCCAGGACUUAGAUGACAUCAUCAAGGAGAACAUGAAGGCAGCCCGCCAACGCGAGGCGCGCAAGAAGCAGGAGGAGACUUCGCAGCGCCUGGUAGCUGGAAACCAUCGUGUCGACGAGGAUGCCCGCGUCGUGCUUUCUCUGCUGGCGGGUGGGAGGCUGCUCCAGCGGAGUCCCGAAGGCUUAAAGGGGUGCCUCGCGAGGAUGAAGCGUCUGGGUGAUUCCAUGCAGGAGCUGGAGAAGCUCAAGGCUCCAAAGCCUCUGCUGUCCACAGAUGCAUGGGAAGCGGGCCGCAAGGCCAUACAGAGCUACUGCCAGAUGAGGCUUCGCUGUUCCAAGGCCUUUCAUUGGCUUCAGGCCAGGCAGCUGGGUCACUGCGCCAAGCUCCUCAACUCUGCCAGCCUCCUGGAGUGCUUGGACCUCCUACGCGAAGAGAAAGAAGCCCAGAGGCUCAAAGCUCUCGGCCUUCCCCACCGCUGCCAUGAUCUUCUUCUGUCGCGGGUGGAGAAUGACAAGCUGUCCCGCAGCCAGCUGGAUCCCAAAUUGGAAGAGGUUCCCGAUGGCUGGGAGCAGAGGACGUCUCGGAAUUUGAACCUGCAGUACUUCCAGCAAGUGGGCUCUGCGACCAUGUCUUGGGAGUGGCCCUUGCCAAUCGGCUUGGUAUCGUGGAGGAUUGACGGAAGCACCGGCGAACUGAUGCAGCAGCAGGAGGAGGACCGGCUCCUGGCAAGCGCGCGAGUCAGCUCCACGAUGCCCAAGCCGGGAUGUGCUGCCUUCAUUGAGGAAGGUGUUUGCUUGCUGUGCCAACACGAAGCGACGAGCUCACACUGGGCGUCAUCGGAACAUGGAAAGCGCGCAGCCUUCUGGAAGCAGAUGUCUGACCGCUUGGCAAUGAGCUGUGUCGAUCUCCGCAUGGCCGAGGAUGAGGCUUCUCAGCCCGGGCUCGCAGCUGCCUGGCGAGGUGAGCUUUGGCAGGCCUUGCGGACGCCCCCUUCACCACCGGCAAAUGUCCUGGCCGUGUUUUGGCGCAAGGUGGUGCUGGCGAACCUCUCGCCUUCAUGCCCAGCUCAUGCGGAGCAUGAUGCUGACAAAGUGGAUGGCUUGCGAGCGCGUCUCGAGAGCGCAUUGUCAGCUGCGAGAAUCGACGAGAAGGGGCAGGACGGCAAAGCAGAACACGAGGGUGCUGCGGUGAAGGUGAAAUCCCAAGCCAACAAACUGGUGCCGUUAAUCGACUUUGAUCGGCUGCGUCGGAACCCAAGUAGCAUACCGGCUGCCGUCGAGGCCGUGAAGGAAUUGCGCCUUGCGUUAAUCGCUGCGCCUCUGUACAUAAGGUCCACUGCAAAUCAGUACGGUGUGGCGACGCUUCGCCGAGCUGAGGCGGUGAUUCAGAAAGCAUGCCUGGAGCCCUCCUUUCACGUCAACGUGCGCGCCUGGCUGCUGAAGCACCAGCUUGAGAGCUGCUUGGAUGUCCUGGCAGUCCGAGGCGUCUUGGACGCCCUCCAGCUCAAGGAAGCUCCCAAGGCCGAUGCAACCCAAAGCUUGCCUGGACGAUUUGUGGACGCCCUGGCGAAGGCGCUGUAUGAAGGAGGCGACUUGCGAAGAAUGCGUGGCACCAGAGUGCUGCCGGAUGGAUGGGAGAUGGUCUACUCGCGCAGUGUAGGUCUGUGCUACUAUCACGAGAUCCCACCGGGCGGCGCACAGAAAGGGCGCAACAGUGGCGACGUUUCCAGAUCUGACUGGCAGAACGCCGGCCUCCCGAAGUUCCCAAUGCCUUGGCUGAGUGUGAAAGGGGCGAACGUGUUAACAGCGUUCCGUACGUGGAGCUGGAUGGCGCAGGUGAGCCUUUGUGCUUGCUGUGCCGGCAGAGAGGUCUGGAGCACUUCGCAGGAGCUCCUCACGCAGACAAGGUCCUGA